GAUUUAGUUUUAGAUUUUUAUUUAAACUGAUCCUAGUGGCAGUUUUAAGGUAAAGAUUUGAACUGAAAGCUUAAAGCUUCAAAGUCAUUUUGGAAAGACCUUAACUCUUAAGUAACUACAUGCUGCCUUACUAAUAGUAAUUAAGGGGCGAUUCGCUCCCUCUCUGCGUCCCCUGAGGGACACACCAGUGAUUCACUGUUUUCUCUGAAAUGGAGGAACUGAAACGUCUGUUUAGCACUCUGAGUUUCAGAAACCCUCCCCUCACAUCCCUCCUACAUGCCUCACACUGCUUUGUUGUCCGCUAUACUUUUUGGGGGUUUGUGUCACACACACACACACACACAAACACCACUUCUGGGGAGGGUGACACCGCAGCAGGUCUCCACACUCCUCACCCUGAUUCAGAAAUGGCCAAGCAGGACUGUCCCGCCGGCAAAAAGUGGGACAGUCUCAUCAGCAUAUGUGUCUUCAAGUCCACAACCAGAACUGAACCAGGACCUCCGACAGAGCGACCUCUGGCUAAAGUGGUCCAGCUGAGAUCUACGGCCCCCGCUGCGCAGGCCCACUCUGUGAUGUUGCUGACUCCGGCCCUGUGGGUGUUUGUAGGUCUGGCCACCAUGGGGUCCAUCUUGGCUCUAGCUCUGUGGUUGGUCAUAUACAAACGACAAACCAGCACCUCGGCUGUCUCUGUUGCAGAGGAAGCAGGACUGCAGCAGCAUCCUCUUCAGAAAACAGAACAGCCGGCCAAAAGCCAACCAUCGUCGCCAGAAAGAAACGGCCAGGCGGAGAUUAUGCAGAGAGCAGCGUGGGCCCCGUCCCCCUGUGCUCACCUGCACCUCGGGGGCCAAACAGGCCAUAAGUGGGCGGAGGGCUUCACCGCUUGCAGUGACCCCGCAAAGCAUGAUGGGAUGGACGAGAUCCCGGGGAUGCGUGCGUGCAGCACGACAAGGGAACACAGGAUCCCACUUCCUGCCAUCGAGCUGGGUGGCACUGUGUUAGUCACCACUAAGACUGUGUAGGGCUUCGGCCCCUGCAUGUGCUCCACGCACUGUGGGGAAUUUUUGUCCAACCCAGAUUAGGGAUAUCUUACAUUUUUACCUCUAAUUUUUCCUGGUUUUGUGUUUCAGAAAUAAUUUUCAGCUGCUUAAAGAAAUACAACGUUUUUCUGUCGAUUGGUGUCCAAUUAUACGGCGUCAGACUGUUGCGUUGUGUUGUGUGUUCUUUUGUGUUGUUAAAGGAUGUUUUUAAAAAAGUGCUCGGAUCCUGUAUCAUAUUUCAAACAUAAUUUAAUAAAACACAAAACCAAAUUGCA